UUACAUACAGAGGACGCCUUGUCUUUAGGGAGCAUGACAGCAAAAAGGGAGUUGCCAAAGAAUAAUAUUUAACACCACCCAUACUGGUGUUUUUACAACCAAGAACAGUUUAGUUUUACACAAAGGAAACUCGUCUGUUUCCGUUGCUUCUUUUGAAAGACGAUUUUCUGUUGUGGACUUAUUCAAGUGCACGUUAGUAAAGGAGCGGUGAAUCUUCUGUCCAAUAAAAUGGCGCAGAGGCUCUCUCAUGAUGACGGUGGACAAGAGGGCCGAUCAGUCCUUGGGAUGUUAGCUGUGCAAGUGGAGAGAGAUCCCAAGACGGGUGCCACCGUUGUCAAAUCAGUGGCCCCCAUCUCCUCAACUACUGCCGCUCCAACAUCUACGACCAUAUUUGAUGAUGGAAGGAAAAGCAUCCAUACUGUUGGCGGUUUGGUAGGUGAGCCUUCGACUGAAGAGCUUGGUGAGAUACUGAGUGUCAUUAAUGAUGUUGGAAUGACAGUGCUGCUGGAUGAAGUAGCAGUAACACCAAACAAGACAGAGAUGACCACUGGGAAUGUAGAAAGCAGCAAGAAUCAAGACGAUAAUGUCCUGAGUUUUAUUACCCUCAAUGGUACAUCAGUGGAGGACAACUCACAGUUAGACAGCUCUGAACAUAAACUGGAUGCUGAGAAGAUAAAGCAGCAUGCAAGUAUUGAAAUCCCAGAUCUCAAAACCGAAAUGGUUACCAACGACGCCGCAGAGAUGCUGAGUAGCACGGAGGGCUUAAGCUUGGAGGAAGAUCCGGUUACACUUGUGUUCCUGGGUUACACUGAUGCAACACCUGACGAUGCUCGCGUUCAAGAGGACUACGAAGGCAUGCUCACAGCAGAGCGGGUCAUUAUUACUGAGGAUGGAGAAGAACGUGUAGUCGAGCCAGGAGCUUCUGCUUCACUUCAGUCUCUCUCAGCAAAUGAAAGAGAGCAAGAGAUCAAGAAAAGAGCUCCAGACACAACCCUUCAAGACGUUCCACUGGAUGAGAAUGAAGCAGAACCUGAAACCCAGACAGAAGACAAUGUUGGGAAAGAGGCCAAACAAAAGAAAUGUCAGUGUUGUUCUGUCAUGUAAAAUAGAACCAAUGAAAGAUGUCGCUUCACAGCCUUAAUCACAUACAGUGUUUUACUGUAUUUGUAUACAAUGAUGUCAUUUUAGAAACUGAUCCAUAUUUGACUUAAUCUCACUAUCUUAUGUGGAACAAUAAGGACAGUUUAUGUGGACACAGAUCCCUCUUUAUACUAUAUUGGUUUCAUAAUAACAAUAUACAUGUGGCUCAGUGAUUUAACAAAGAUGGUGAACUCUUCUCAUAUGAAAACUUUCUAUAUGAAUUUAAGACUCCUCUCCUUCCAGAAGAUUAUGCUAAAGGUCUGGGUGUCAUAGCAUCUGGAAUUUGUACGUGCUUGUGGUCACAACCAAAGCCAAACCUUCAACAAUUGUCUUAGUUAGUAGCUAUAUAUACUACUGCAGUCAAAUUAUGUUUCUGUAUCAAUUACAGUAAUAAUAAUACGUCAGUCAGAGCUUCGUUUCAAAAAUACAUUACAACGGUUCCUUCUGUUGUUUAUUUUGGGAUAGUUCUUAGACAUAAACUGGAAGGCGGUCAGGCUCCUACCAAAUACGUAAUAAUUAAAAAGUUAAUAAUCUCAUGUAAAUCAAUUCAUUACAAUUGUCUUGCUAAUGUCUACAUCCAGAAACAUUCUUAAAAGAGAAUUUAUGUUCACUGCAGCUUUUGUUGUGAUCUUCAUUUUUUUAUUUUUUUUACAUUGCACCUAUAUUUAAUCCUUUUGGAAUCAUAAAUAUAACUUGUUUUCCAAAACAAAUUGCUAAAGAUUUCUGUUAUUUUGAAAGAAUGCAGCAUUUGGCCUUACGGAAAACUGUAAAGACCUACAAAAUAAGCACGGCAAUGUGUAAUGGGUCUGAUUAUUAUUAUAGUCAAGUUUUAUAUAUGUAAGUAUACAUCCAGAGGUACUGAAAUCAUGCAUUGCUGCAAUUUAAACAGUACAUACAAUCAAUUCAAUCUGCAGAAAACAAGAAAGCAAUUAAAACUGUAGAAGCCUUAAUCAGGCUCAAAUUCUUCAUGUAGAAUGCUAUCGCCCCCUAGCGUUUAAACAGAAAAGCUUGUUUUCAAGAGUUCUUUCCUUGCACAGUUAAAGACUAAAUAAGUAAAUAUACAGCCUAACCCUGUAUUUUGUAUUGCAAAAUAAGACUCCUGAGUAUGAACAAAAAUUGUAAAUUUGUGGUUAUUACUUUCUUUUUUUUAAGCAAAGUUUUUGUUGUGUGAGGAUUUCUGUUCAAAAUAAAGUUAUUUUAAUGAA